AUGCAGCCACCGCCUUUGGAAGGAUUUGAUAUCCAUCCUCUUUGGCGGAUCGAAGCCUUCCGGCUAUCAAAGUACAGCGACCUCCUACCCCUUCCCAUCCUGGACCAGAGCCAGUAUGACUUACCAGCCGCCUUGUAUCAGCGGAUGGAACCGGCGUUGAAGCUGGCCACGCUGUUUUUGAGACUGGUGCUUCCGGAUCUGGCCAAAGUCAGAUACGGAGCAGUCACCACCCACGUAUUUGGCUCCCAGCUUGAACGCACGCUGACCGAUUUCUGGAGAGAGACAGACCACAAGCUGCGGAGCUUCGAGGGUGAGCUGGCACGCAUGUGUCGCUAUUACCGCAUCACCGUGGUGGGAACAGGUGAGCGGGAUUGUCCACAGGGCCACAUCGAGACCGCCAUCACAGGCUGCAUCGGCAACGAUUCCAACUGGCCCACGUCUACAUCUGUGAUCGUCCAGUCGGCCAUCACCAUCGAAUGGCUGCGCUACCUGGCCGACGACAACUGGCACACCCUAGACGCCGCCGAGAAGUACAGCAGGUACGUGAUCAUGGCGACGACGUUGGUCCACGAGCUGGGCCACGCCGUGUGGUGUCAUCGCAUGCUCCCUUGUGUGAAGGACGAAUACCACCGCGCCGGCACCGUGACUGCUGAUCGCCCCGAGCCGAGGUUUGUGUCUCAGGACGGCUUUGUCGAGAUUGGCUACGCGAUCGAGCUGCAGCUGUUUGGCGGUCUGCUUGCGUUUCCGCACCUUGGAACGCCCACCGCGGCCGAGACGCGCUCUCGCCAGAUGCACGACCGACUCUUACUGACCAUGAUAGACGUCGACGGCCGAGCAGCGGCGGUUCAUCAGUUGACCACCAACACCAUCUUUGCGCUCUUUCGCCCCGAAACCUGGUUCCAGUCCCGGCCAGGAGAGUUCCCAAACUUGAGACUCAAGCUUGGGCCCGACAUCAGACGGCCGGGGAGGCACAUGUCGACCGUCCUUUCCGACCCUCCGGUACAAGACCUUCGUGUGCCGAUCAUCCGAGUCCCGAGGCCUGGUCAGCUGAAACCUGCCAUCACCGAGUUCAAUGAACUGUUUGGUUGA